CAGAGUCUCAAAUAAGACUGGUUGUGUGCCUAAAUGAAAAUAUAUAUUAUAGAUCUCUUUUCACAAAUACCUAUUGUUUAGGUAAAAAGCCCUGAAGGGAAAUUUCAGAAGACUAGUACUGGAGCUGUCAGAAUGCAACCAAAAUCAGAAGAGUUGAAUUUUGUCACCAAGAAUGAUGGAUAUGUGCAUAUUCACCCUUCAUCAGUGAACUAUCAGGUCAGACAUUUUGACAGCCCCUACCUGGUAUACCAUGAGAAGAUCAAAACAAGUCGGGUGUUCAUCCGAGACUGCAGCAUGGUAUCUGUGUAUCCACUAGUCUUGUUUGGAGGAGGCCAAGUGAAUGUGCAGCUUCAAAGGGGAGAGUUCAUUGUUUCCUUGGAUGAUGGUUGGAUCCGUUUUGCAGCUGCGUCCCAUCAGGUGGCUGAAUUAGUAAAGGAACUUCGUGGCGAGCUUGACCAGCUUCUCCAGGAUAAGAUAAAAAACCCAAGCAUAGAUCUGUGUACAUGUCCUCGAGGAUCCCGGAUCAUCAGCACAAUUGUGAAACUCGUUACCACACAAUAAAGACCAGUCUUAGGGGAGUGCUUGCUACUUACCU